AUGGACACCCUGCCGAGCCAAUUCGCCAGCUUGCGCAACGAGGAGGCAUUCCCCGUCUUCAAAAAUCUGCCCCACGACCUCGACCUCGACGACGACUAUUACGACACGACCGGUCGCCCAAUCAUCCACUGGUGUUUUCUCGGCCAAGUCGUCCAGAUCGACGAUAUCACGCGCCUACGACUCGUCGUCAAGGACAAGACCGGCCAAGUCGUAGUCGUUGCCUUUUACACGGGCCGCGACCACCACCCUCAUCACCCUCAGCUGCGCGUGGGCUCGACCAUUGCCAUUCUCUACGCGCAGCAGCACAUAUUCCUCGACUCAUCCGUGGGCAUUCGCCUCGAGACUGCAGAGAACCUCAAGGUCAUUCCCAUGGGACUCGACGAGCUGCUUGAACUGAGUGAUAAAAUGCAAGACUACGCCAUCGAGGACAACGGCGUCAAGAAAUGCCAAGGCUGCGACCGAAGGGCUGCUUCGCUGCGCAACUGUGCCAAGUGCGUCCACUUCUCCUACUGCGACAAGGACUGUCAAACCGUUGCUUGGAACGACAAGGGCCACAAGGCGGACUGCAAGGUGCUCCGAGACGCCGACUUUGGUGGCCUCCUCCGGCUUCAGUGGAACGUCUUUGGCGACUACCGCCGAUUUCCCCUCAAUCCACAAGAGUAA